UGUCGUUGAUGUUCACUCAGCACAUCUCCUUUGGAUUGAAAUUUAAACAAGGAGCUCGGCCAAACGUUGAAAAAGUCAGGUGUAAACAUCAUUGGUUUCUCCAAACAUGAAAAACAAACUAAGGAUGGCCCCACAGUACCAGAUGAACGCUUCUCUGAAGUCAGAGAUACGGAAGUUAAAUGUGGUCCACUUUCUCAUCUGGCUGCUGGUGGCCGCGCAAGUGACCGUCAGCCACUUCAACAUUGUGUCACAGGACACUGUGUCCAUGCCGUACCAGUGGGAGUACCCCUACUUGCUCAGCAUCUUCCCUCUGCUCUUCAGCAGCCUGUCCCUCCCAAAGAACAACAUCAGCUACCUGGUCCUGUCAAUGAUCAGUGCAGGGCUCUUCUCUUUUGCACCUCUUAUAUAUGGUGGCAUGGAGAUGUUUCCUGUAGCAAAGCAGCUCUUCCGUCAAGGAAAAGCCUUCCGCUUCAUUUUUGGCUGCUCUGCAGUGACUGCUGCGUACAUCGUUAUAGUGGUUGCUGCUCAAGUGCAUGGCUGGCAGUUGUACUACAUGAAAAAACUGCUGGAUUCAUGGUUUGAUGCUACUCAAGAGAAGAAGAACAAAUAAUGGAGGUUUUUUUUUUUAAUCUGUGAAUGGACAAAACUCUUGUUUUUCAUUUUCUUUUCUUUUAUACGUGAGUUCUGUCUCCUUAGUCUUCAUGAUUAUGUAAUAUGAUUCAUCCUGCAUCCCUGAUUUUAAUUUAAAGCUAAUGAUUGUUCAUUUCAAUAAACUUAUUUAUUUAAAGCAGCAGAUUGAUUUCUUGCACACACAGUUAGGUUGGGAUUGGGAUCCAAAGCACCAGCGAUAAAAAUGGAGUCCAGUCACUGUGAAUUCAGCCCUUCUCCAAUCAAAGAAAAAAGAAUAAUGUUGGUGUCUCUCUCAAAAAGUCUUCCUAUGAUUUAAAGAAAAUGUGAAGUUCAUACUUACAGUAUUGAAGCAAUUAUUCAUACACACACACACUUACAAACUGUUAAACUAUAUGCUUUGCCAUGUGUUUAUUUGUUCAGUAUGUUAAGUCUACCUCUUAUGAUAUUUGUUUGGUUUUUGUAAUGGGCGCAUUCACAGUAUCUGCAUGCACUGCUGUUUUUAAGAUAUUCUCUUG